AUGGCGUCAACGUAUGCCACUGCUGGCACCGGCCAAUUGAACUCGGAGCCGUCGCAGCCGCAGGAUCGUGCAGAACAUAACCUUCCUCCUAAGUCCUACGCCGCUGCGGCCAGCGAAGACCCGAAUGAGAGCAAGAUCCACGAUAAAGAGGCAAGACACGACAGUUCUGCAGCCUCACAGAAUGGGACAAUGGGCGGCAAGAGUAAUGGCACAGUUAAACACACCGAUCAAUCAAUCCCCAAACCUGUGGAGCCACAAGAUACUACAGGGGACAGCCAUCUUCCCAAGUCAUACGCGGCUGCGGUCAGCGAACCGGUCGAGGAGAAUGCAAAGCCCAACGAGUCUGUGAAUGCUACGGCUCAAAAUGGUGCAGCUAACGGAAGUGCCAACGGUCAUACGGUCAAGGUUAACGGUCAGAGAAAACAGCUUGACAAGGACAGACUUUUCUAUGAAAAGCAUACCGAUUCCCACGGACAGGUGCCCUUGACAAGCAUUAAGCCGGUCGACCGCCAUGAGGAGAGCCUCCAGAAAAGCACGGAGAGUACUCCGCGAGAGAAAAAGUCGAACAGGCCGUCCAAAAGACAGGAUAUCCCAAAUGCGCAGCUUGCCAGUGGCCGACGGGCGGGUGCAGGCUGGGAAAAGUCGGCGAUACACUGGGCACCUCUCAACGUACCAUUGCAACGACGCCUUCAGACCCUGGCGGUCUUGUGGCAUACCGUUACCAUUCCUAUAUUCCUAUCACUGUUCUUCGUGCUGUGCGCCAUCCCACUGACGUGGCCGCUUCUCAUUCCAUACCUGAUAUAUACGCUCCUCAUCAGCGAGGAAGCCACCAACGGCACCCUCGCGAGGCGGUCGGAGCGUUUACGCAGAUCGAAAGUCUGGUCUGCAUUUGCAUCCUACUUUCCCGCCAGAUUGCAUCGCACGGUCGAGCUGGAGCCCACCAGAAAGUACAUUUUUGGAUACCAUCCACACGGAAUUGUCUCCCAUGGAGCAUUUGCCGCUUUCGCCACGGAAGCACUUGGGUUUUCAGAGCUCUAUCCGGGGAUUACGAACACUCUGUUAACACUCGAGGCCAACUUCCGUGUCCCACUGUAUCGAGACUAUGCUUUGGCGAUGGGCGUCGCUUCAGUCUCACGCGAGUCCAUUGAGAACAUUCUCUCCAAAGGCGGCCACAACGGCGAAGGCAUGGGUCGUGCUGUGACAAUUGUCAUUGGCGGUGCUCGGGAGAGUCUAGAUGCUCGACCUGGAACGCUUCGACUCGUUUUGAAGAGCAGGAAAGGCUUUGUCAAGCUGGCGAUUCGCCAGGGUGCAGACCUUGUGCCUGUCCUGGCUUUCGGGGAGAACGACUUGUACGACCAAAUCGACAGCGUUCAGCACCCGUUGAUCCACAAGAGCCAGAUGCUGAUCAAGAAGCUGAUGGGGUUCACUGUCCCGCUGUUUCACGCGCGGGGGAUCUUCAACUAUGAUGUCGGCCUCAUGCCAUAUCGACGCGCCGUCAAUAUUGUCGUGGGACGACCGAUCGAAGUUGUGCAGCAAGGCACCAAGAACAACAAAGUGGACGAGGAGUACUUGGAUCAGGUCCAUGCACGAUAUGUGGAGGAAUUGGUCCGGUUGUGGGACGCCUACAAGGAUGUCUUCGCCAAAGACCGACAGGGGGAGCUAGAAAUCGUUGAGUGA